UUCCCUGCACAUCCAACAUGGCGGAACUGUUCGCCAAGUACACCUGUACUAAUUGCCAGGAAGACAUUCCGGGAAUCCGUGUCCACUGUGUCGUAUGCAGCGACUUUGAGCUGUGCCUAGCGUGUUUCGCCGCUGGAGCCGAAAUUGGUCAACAUCGAAAUGAUCACUCGUACCAAUUCAUGGACUCGGGCAUAUUGUCCAUCUAUCGCGGCAAGGGAGGCUGGUCUGCUAGGGAAGAGUUGCAUCUGUUGGAUGCCAUCGAACAGUACGGCUUCGGUAACUGGGAGGACAUCAGCAAGCACAUAGAAACGCGUACCCCAGAGGAGGCAAAGGAUGAGUACGUAUCCAAGUUUCUUAAUGGAACGGUUGGGCGUCACACUUGGUCUACGGCCACUGACCAGCAGCGUCCCCAGUUGACCGAUCACACCUCGGAUGACACGGGUCCGCUUGGGCAGUUGCUCGUUCAGAAACUUCCGCCAAUGGAUUGUAGCCACGAAGAGGCUGUGGCGCUUGGUUACAUGCCUAACCGGGAUGACUUCGAGCGUGAAUACGAUCCAACGGCAGAACAACUGGUAUCCACUUUGUCCCUUUCGCCGGAUGACGAAGACGUUGACAUGCUGCUGAAGCUGGCCCAGGUCGACAUUUACACCCGGAAACUGCGCGAAAGAGCCCGUCGGAAACGGGUCGUCCGGGACUAUCAGCUGAUUGCUAAUUUCUUCCGAGGCAAUGCCAAACGCGCCCGCAUGAGCCGCGAUCAGCGCGAGUUCCGCGAAAGAUUGCGUACCUUUUCGCAGUUUUACACGUCGUUGGAGUUUGAGCGCCUGAUUGCAUCGCUGGAGCGCGAACGAUCACUACGCAUAAGACUAUCGGAGCUGAAUCGAUACCGCUGGAACGGACUUCAGCGGAUGGACGAGUGCGUCCACUUUGAGCAACAUGCUGCGGCCGCUCAGCACCGCAAUACGGGUCCGUACGGACAUGGACGAACGGACAACCGAAGCAAAGGCGGCUCAUGCGAGACAAACAAGGGAUCCUCGGCGUUGUCCAGCUCCCAGAUAAGAAGAAGCGAAAGCGACGUCCGAAGCUUAAAUUCCAUCGGCCAAAAGCUCACGCACCACACCGACGACCGGGCCUACUCCGACGGCUCAUACAGCAGCAGAAACUUCUCGGAUAGCUCACGGGGAACGGAUCCGUCGAGGCAGCACCACCACCAUCAUCAGGUGCAGUCGCUUCAGGAUCCGGCGGUGCAGCAACAGCCCGGCGUACAGCUCCUCACGUCAAACGAGCUACAACUGUGCAACUCUCUCAACCUGCCGGUCACGCGGUACCUUAGUCUGAAAACGGUACUGCUGGGCCGGCCGUCGCUCGACCAUGGGUUCAGUUCCGUGGCCGAGAGUAUGGUCAAGAAGUAUCUCAUCAAGUCGGGCUGGCUGCAAACGAGUCCUCAGAAUUGAGAGGAUUCUUUUCCGAGUUUUAGCAUUAGGGAAAACUAAUUGGCGUUGAUCUCACAUCAUGGGAAAAAAUAUUGGUAAUGAGGCUGACUCUCCAAUCAGCCGGUAGGUUAUACUCAAAUUCAAUGGAUAGAAUUAUAUUUCGUCGACGGUAACUUCUAGGGUAGUUGAUAGCUUGAUACUGCCUGUUCUAACGUAAUACAUAUUCAAAUUCAACUAGCGGACUAAAUUAUGAACACUAUCUAACCUACGAUACUACAGCUAGGUGUAUGAGUCUGGAUCCGAUGUUCACUGUCACAAAUAUUCAUAUGAAGUCACACAACGCAGUUAGGAGCGCUUGAUUGUGACAAAGAUAUUAAUAUUAGCCUGUAAAUAGUUCAAUAAAUUAUUGUCAAUAAAUUUUACCCACUUAAAUGCAAUCAAA